GCGCACGCAUACCACAGGACUGCCGAAAAAACUGCACGGGAGAGGCGCAGCAACGGGCAAACCGAACCGCGCGCGAAUCAAGUGCUUUGGCCAGUCGCGUUCCCAAUCACUCUACGACUAGGUAGUCCCCCGGUGUGUCCCAAAGAAGCGCUGAAGAGCAGCUGGGUCCUUCGAGUCCUCGACGUCGUCGACGCGCAAGAUAAUACACGCAGGACAUUCUAAACGCUCGGACAUCGUCAUCGCUCUUUCACACUUUCGCGAGACCUGAUUCUGCGACGCGUGUUAUACCUGGACGACGCUACCGAAGGACAAGGCGGAAAAGCAGUGCGCGCCCAUGCGUGUAUCGACGGGAUCGCGAGUACGAGUUACGGUGAUCCAGUUACGCGCGUCCUACACGAGGGGAAGAGGGAAAGGGAGAAACCUUGAAGAGAAGCGACCCAUCGUCACGGUGUGAGUGGUGCUACGGUAUAUACGUGCGAUUAUAAAUCUCGUCCGACAUUUUCGUUUUUAUCUCGGAGUCUCGGAACUUUGGAAAACUCGACGAGAUUGACGAACUUUUUGGGACAGUUCCGCCGGGGAAUAUUGUCACACCGGAGACCGGAAGAAGAGCGAAGAGAAGAGUGCGCCACGUCGAUUCUGCCGAGACGCGCGUGUUAAAGAAGAAAAACGGAGAAAGUGGAAAGCGUUUUUGUUAAAAUCGUGCUAGAUGUUUUGUCACGGUUUUCGCGCGAGACUUUGGUAUUGACGAUGAGGCAGAGUGAUCUUUGUGAAACGUGAGAAUUUCAGUAAACUCGAAUCUUCCGGUUGUCGCCGAGGCACCCUACUUGUUCCCGGGGGUAUCGUUUCAACGUCAUUUUCGGCUCCUCUGGCAAGGACCCUAUUAUGCGAUACGUUCGGUUCUCGCCAACGAAAGAGAUCGUAGAGCACACGGUACAGCUCGAAGACGGUUAGGACGGCUAGGAGAAAAGAGCGUAAGAGCGAAGAGAAUAAGGGACGAACGCAUCUCUCGCGGUGUACUCGGGCAGUGGAAGAAUCGCUGGAGGUCAAAGAGGAAAAGUUCGCAUUCGACGUGUCGUCGUCGUGUUGCCAUUGUCGUCGUUGCCGUCGUCGUUGUCGUCGUCGUCGUCGUCGUCGUCGACGUCGUCGCAUCGGGACAUUAGUACCACGGGACUCGGCAUCGACAACAAGGACGCCGGGCAAAGGAGGUCCACACUUCACUUCGCGCUUGACGAUCAAGGCGUAACAGCGAUAACGAGGGCACCGCCGGGAUUCAGUCGAUUGAUACCGUGCGUCGUCGGUGAACGAUGAUAUUUAACUACGAGACGCGUGCCGCACAGUGACAGUCGAUGUGAAGAAGAGAAGCGAAAAACUGUCAGACACCGCGGACACAAAAAUCGAAGGAUGCUGGCAGUUUGAAAUCAGCCGACAACCGCAUCGACAAGACGACGCACGUGAGAGCGACUCUCUGACAGACACCGCAAGGUGAAUAGACACAACGAUGGUAGAUACACAACACUUUUGUCUGCGAUGGAACAAUUACCAGAGCAGCAUAACCUCGGCAUUUGAAAAUUUGCGGGACGAUGAGGACUUUGUGGAUGUGACGUUGGCUUGCGACGGCAAAAGCCUAAAAGCGCAUCGCGUCGUUCUCUCCGCUUGUAGUCCAUACUUUCGAGAAUUGCUCAAGAGCACACCGUGCAAGCAUCCAGUGAUAGUGCUCCAGGAUGUAGCGUUCAGCGACUUACACGCCUUGGUGGAGUUUAUUUAUCACGGUGAGGUGAACGUGCAUCAGCGUUCUCUCAGUAGUUUUCUAAAAACCGCAGAAGUCCUGAGGGUGUCGGGUCUCACGCAACAGGCCGACCAGACCGACAGAGACGAGCUAUCGCAUGUCCGCGCGCUGGCGGCCGGCGGCAAUCACUUGCCGUUUCACGAAAAGUCGGACGAGACUUUCCCUCGCGGCGGCUCGCCACCUACACCGGUAACCCCCACGCCGACGACGGUGCAGCAAUUGCUGCGCCGGGCGCAAAUACGUCGGAACGAGAGACGCACCCCGGACCCACACGACGAGUCGGUCAAGAGACCGAGGGUGCCGUCGCCGCCGCUCAACAACAACGACGCCACGCCCACGGACUUUUCGAUGGUCAAGAACAAUCAUCUAUCGGCCAAGGUCGAGGGCAACGGCGUGCACGACGAGAACAGUCUCGUCGAGGACAAUAUAAAGUGCGAGCCGUUGGAACUGACCGGCGGCAACGGCGGUGGCGGCGCCGGUAACAACGAGGACUCGUCGGAUUCCGGUGCCGCGGCGUCGGAUCGGCCGCCCGCCUCGGCGAGCAGCAACGAGCACGAACCGGAACCGGAGCACACGUCCGCGCAAAACUUUUUGCCGGAGAGCAAGCUCUUCACCUCGACGCCUGGCAGCUUCAACUUCAGCAUGGCGGCACUCACCACCGAUCACACGCCGUUACCAGUGAAAUUUCCAGGGUUGGGCCACACCGCCUUGCAGACACCGGACCUAGCAGGAACUUCGCAAGGCCCGCCGUCGGCGAUCCUCGCGAUGCGACUGUCCCAUCCGCUGCACGGCAGCUUGUUGCCACCAGGAGUCUGUUACACGUGCGACGUGUGCGGCAAGACUCUCUCCACGAAACUCACUCUGAAACGGCACAAAGAGCAGCAACACUUUCAGCCGCUAAACAGCGCCGUAUGCGCGCUGUGCCACAAGGUGUUCCGAACGCUCAACAGUCUCAACAAUCACAAGAGCAUCUAUCAUCGUAGACAGAAAUAGAAGUGAUCGCGGAUGCGCGAUAUGUCUCGCGUGUCUUGCGUGUCUUACGUGCCAAGGGACACCACGGAACGAGCUUAAUAGAGACCUUAAUAGAGAGAGGAGAAUCGUGCGCCAUCCUCGCUCCAGACACCAUACGGAGAAUCGCGUCGUCCUCUUCUCCAACUCUCGCGCGCGCGCGCGCGCGCGAUUCGUUUUGCGCAAAUCGACGCUACUCGAUGCUAUCCCUCGAUUGCCCCCUCGUAUAAUGAUGACGACGGUAUCUUCUCGAAUUUUCGCGUAUGCUCCUGUCUGUCUGUCUGGUUUGUCUUGAUUUCGCUCAUGAUUACGAUGAACCUCUUGUACGACAAGACACAGCACGCUCUACCUGUGCUUCGCUUGUUCUCCUGUUUGCCGAUCGCGAUGGCAAUCGCGAUGGAUUUCCGACGUCGAUUAUCGAACAGACCGACCGGGAGCUAACGGCAAUCGUUGAGCGAGCGAGCGAGCGAGAGAGAGAGAGAGAGAGAGAGAGAGAAAACUCGCGGUGCUCUUUCGAUAUGGCUUGUUGCUACUACGAAAGGUCGUGUACAGGUCGUCUCUACGAGGAAAACUUUGUGACGCGAGAUGAGACUUUUCGACGAUGAACCAACGACGAGAAAAUGCGGCUUUCCAAGUGCUCGCAUGCAACGCAUGAGAUGCGAUUAUUACGUUACGUUACGUCGCGUUGCGUUGCGUUGCGUUACGUUACGUUACGUUACGUUACGUUACGUUACGUUACGUUACGUUACUGUCGCCAUGUCGCUUGUACAUUGGUUGGCAAUGGGUUCGACAUUUGGGACCAGUCAGAGUAUACAAGACUCCGAGUUUGCGGAUCCUUUUUUAGCCACUCGAGCGGCCGUAUCGUAUCGUAAAACGCAGCUCGCGCGCUCACGUUAUUCGCCGAACGGCGCGACGGAGGUUGCGCGCUAAUGUCUCCACGCCCGGUGCGCGCUCGAACUUUCGACUUUUGUCCGGUGUAACAAUUUUCGUUUACUACAAAAGCGAAAACGUGCCGCGCGCUCCGCGAGAUAUAUAUCAGUGCUUCCAAAUACGAGAACGUACGUACGUCGUGUGUGGUAGAUCACGCAUGUCACGCUGUCGCGCGGACUGGAAAUUGCUGCAAUUCUGGAUCGCGUGCGAUUAUUUUAUAUAUUUCUAUUUUUUUAUAUAUACAUACAUGUACACGUGUAAAAUGCUUCGGACGUUACGACAGCUAUCGUCGACAUCGCGCUCCCGAGCUUCCGAAAAAGUUUCGACAAUUCGAUCGGUUGACGAAGAGCGUCGAGAAGAAGUGAGACUGACGGGAGUGCAAUCGAAUGAUUUAGAAAUUAGGCUUCGGUUAAUUAGGCUCCAAGUUGAUCUUUAAGUCGAUUCCCAUUCACGCGUUAACUUUCGCUCGUUUCGGGUCGUUUGUUCUCUCGCGAGAAAGCUCGCGCUUACGCGCUUUUUUCACUCACAAGAUUUACGUAUACUGGCGCGUUGCGGCGUUACGGGACCCGGUGCCAAUGGAUCAAAAUACAAGCGUGAUAUUAGCGCUGCAAUUGCUCGUACUUAUAAACUUGUCUAUCUCUAGAAUACGUUCCUCCUUUACGUUUCGUUUCUUUUUCUCACACUUGUUUUUCCGCCUUUACA